AUGCCCAUACGGUUCACAGUGGUAGAUCUCAACUUCCCCUACAAUGCCAUCAUGGGGCUCCCACUCAUUAAUAAGAUCAAGGCAGCAAUCUUUCCCCAUCAACUCUUGCUGCAAUUCGAGACAGAUAAUGGACAAGUUGGCAUUCUCAAGGGAGACCAAGUGACGGCUCGCCAAUGCCUCGUCAACACCCUGAAGCGCGGGUCUUCCGAGACACCUGCAAAAAGAAAAAGGGAAGACAAUGUCCCAGUUGUCAUGAGCGUGUACAAGGAAAAUCUCAGCACGCAUGAAAGGCCUCGCCCCAUAGAACGAUACGAGGAAGUAGACAUGUUCGAGGGGAAACAAAUCAAAGUGGGGAAAGAUCUUCCUAGCACGGUCAAACAGGACAUAGUGGCCACCAUUGCUGAGUUCCGCGACUGGAGGAUGUGCGUCGACUUCACGGACCUGAAUAAGGCGUGCCCUAAAGACGAUUACCCACUUCCAAAGAUAGAUCAUCUGGUGGAUUCUACAGCAGGCCAUGCAUUAUUAAGCUUCAUGGAUGCCAAUGCCGGCUAUCAUCAGAUUCCGUUGGCAAUUGAAGACCAACCUCACACGGCCUUCAUUACCAAUGACAUGAUCACAAAAAGCAAACAAGCAAGUCAGCACGCCGCAGACUUACGAGAGACGUUCCUUACCCUUCGAAGGCACCAAAUGAAACUCAAUCCUGACAAGUGUGUGUUUGGAGUUACCGGAGGAAAGUGCCUCGGCUUCCUGGUAGACGAGCGAGGCAUUGAAGCAAAUCCUGAUAAGAUCCAGGCUAUACAGAACAUGAGAUCUCCCACCUCAGUAAAAGAAGUACAAAAGCUCACGGGGUGCGUGGCUGCUCUUGGAAGAUUCCUUUCCAAGUCCGCGGAUAAAUCAGAAGCAGAAGAGUCCUUCUGCCAACUUAAAGAGCACCUGUCCACCUUGCCAAAACUAGUUUCGCCCAUCAAAGGAGAGAAGAUAGUCCUAUAUGUCUCUGUCUCCGAAUAUUCGUUAUCCGGAGUACUGGUUGCGGAAAGGGAAAAGAAACAGUUUCCUAUAUAUUAUGUAAGUCAUGCAUUCCGUGGCUCGGAGGGAAACUACGGAGAAGUCGAAAAAGUCAUAUUCGCAAUCGUCAUGGCAACAAUCAAAGCCCAAGCUCUGGCUGACUUCAUUGCUGAAAGCACUCUCCCCUAUCAUCCUGAGCCCAAUCAGGAAUGGAAGUUGUAUGUAGAUGGGUCCUCAACACAAUCAGCAAGUGGGGCUGGACUCCUCAUUGUGUCUUCCGCCGGGGUCCGUAUGGAAAGGGCGGUCAGGUUCGAGUUCGCAGCAUCCAAGAACGAGGCCGAAUAUGAAGCAUUAUUGAUGGGACUGAGAAUUUGCUACGAAACGGGAGCCAAAAAAUUGUCCGCCUUCUCUGACUCCCAAUUGAUUGUUGGACAAGUGAACGGGGAAUUCGAAGCUAAAGAUGACAGCAUGAAAAUGUACCUGCAGCAAGUAAAGGAAUUUGUUCAAAAAUUCGACAAGUUCACGUUGGAGCACAUUCCAAGAUCCCAGAAUGCCCAGGCUGAUUCCCUGGCAAAGCUUGCCAGCUCAGCAGAAACAUCCGCGGCUCGAGACAUAAUCUGGGAAGUGCUUCCUAACCCCAGCAUCAACUUCAUGGUCGAUACCAUCGACAGAUCAGAAACAUGGAUGGAGCCAUACAUCGAAUAUUUGCGGAAUCAGACGCUUCCCCAAGAUGAAUGUCAGGCCAAAAUGCUCCGGAAGAAAGCCAGAUGGAAGGAAGCCAUCUAA